AUGCGACCACAUUGUGACAAUAACGAAGGGAGAGGAGCUGGUGUGAGCCGCGGCGCCGGAGGUGGUGCUAUGGUGGCGCCGUUAACUCGCAGCGCCAGUAGCUGUGGAACAGCGGACUAUUCAGCUCACUGGACCGGCAGUGGCGGCGACGGCGGUAAUGGCGGUGGUAGUGGCGGAGGUGGUGGUAUGAUGGCGCCGUUAACUCGCAGCGCCAGUAGCUGUGGGACAGCGGACUAUUCGGUUCACUGGGCCGGCAGUGGCGGUGUUGGCGGCUUUGGCGGCGGUGACGGCGGCUUUGGCGGCGGUAAUGGCGGCGGUAGUGGCGGAGGUGGUAAUAUGAUGGCGUCGAUAACCCGCAGUGUCAGUAGCACUGGAACAGCGGACUAUUCGAUUCACUGGACCGGUAAUGGCGGCGACAGCGGCUUCCACGGCGGCUUUCGCGGCGGUAAUGGCGGCGGUAGUGGCGGCGAGGGUGGCGGCGGCGUAACUAACGGCGUGUGGCGCGUCAACAGCUGCGGUAGUGAAGGUUUCGGCCGCGCGUUUGGCGGCGGGAGCGGCGGCGGAGGCGGGGUUGUUCCUUGGAGCCGCGGCGAAUCGUAUCGGCCGCCCUGUGUCGAUCCGAACCUGGGUUAUGCAUUUCCGGAGCGCGCAGCAGGCUCACACAUGGGGGUUGCCGCGGCUUCAGAUUUCGGUACGACUAGUCGCCCGAAGAACCAGCCGCAGAGGCUGAGCAGCCUGCCUCGAGCUGAGUCGCAUAUGAUGGCGGUUACCACGGCUGUUGUAGAUUCCUUCGCGACUGUUCGCCCAGCGAGCCAGCCGCUAAGAAUGAACAGCCUGCCUCGAGCUGAGUCGCAUAUGAUGGCGGUAAACACGGCUGCUGCAGAUUCCGGUGGGGGUAGUCGCCCGGAGAGCCAGCCGGCUAGAAUGAACAGCCUGCCUCGAGCACGUGGGGUGCGCUUGCCCCGUGACGAGACGGACCGUGCUGGUUAUAACGAGUGGGGAGCAAUGGAACGGAGGGAUGAAGUGGGGAGAGGGGUGAAUAGCUUACCGGUGCGGUUGGGAAGUAUGGAAAGGAGAGACGAGGAGGGGAGAGGGGUGACUAGUCUGCCGGCGGAGUGGGGAGCAUUGGAGCAGCGGUGGAAUGCGGUGGGAGAGGCGGGAGGGUUGGGAGGGGCGGGAGGGGUGCCGGCGCGAGUCACUCGCAGCCGGACGGAGGAGAGGAGGGGGGUCGUCAUGUUACCAGUGGAAUGUGGGGCAAUGGAACAGCGGUGGGAUGCGGUGGAGAGGUUGGGAGGUGUUCCAGCGCGAGUCACUCGCAGCAGGACGGAGGGCGGGGGUGGUGGUGAUGGUGAGAGGAGCUACAGUGAAAUCAGCUGCCUUGGGAUUGGCAGUGGCAGCCCAGGGGUUAUCACACGCAGUGGCAGCCCAGGGGUUAUCACUCGCAGCCGGACCGAAGGCGGGGAGGGUUGUCACUUAUCAGACCCCCCCACCCUCCCCCGCGUUCCCUCUUGCGCCCUUCCCCGCGCUUCCCCCUGCGCACUUCCCCGGACGUCCCCUUCUUCCCCCAAAGUCCCCUCCCCCUCCCCGGAGUCCGCCCCCCUGAACCUCCCCUGCUCACGCUCCCUCCAAGCCUCCAGCGUGACCAAGCCUCGGACGUCCCCCCUGGUUCGGUCGCUAGGCUCGGGAACUUUUGCCAACGGUUACUCGUUUAGUUUGUGGCAGGAAGGGCAGGAGGCGGAGGCGGAGGCGGAGGAGGAGCAGGAGGAGGGGAAGCGGAAUGAAGAGGGGGGUUUGAGUCGGGUCAAAGAAGACCCCCAUUCUACUUUUGAGGCGCCUCAAAAGCAGCAGUCAGAGAACUUACCAACGCGUCCGCCCAUCCGUUCUUCUCCCAGGAUUCAACCAUUGGACAUCCCGUCCUCCUUUCCAGAAGGCUCCCAGGCUCAGAACAACCCGCUGCUGCGUUCCCCAGGUUUGGAGGCUGGCCGAGGGGGAGAGACGGCCAUGCAAGGCUUGGAAAAUCGUUCGACAAUUGGGGACGGAGAAAGGAUGGAGGGGAAGGCGGGUCAGGAUGGACAGGGGGGACAGGGAGCAGAGGUAAAGUUCGGUGCAGAGCGGCAGAACUUGGGUGCAGCGGAAAAGCAGAGCCAAGGGGUGCGGAACACGCAACCAGGAGCAGCACUGCGGUUAAGGCUGGGGACCCAAGGGGGCCAGGCGGGGCAGGGGGGUGAGGCGGGACAGGGGGGUGAGGCGGGACAGGGGGGUGAGGCGGGACAGGGGGGUGAGGCGGGACAGGGGGGUGAGGCGGGACAGGGGGGUGAGGCGGGACAGGGGGGUGAGGCGGGACAGGGGGACGAGGCGGGACAGGGGGACGAGGCGGGACAGGGGGACGAGGCAGGACAGGAAGCAGCUGUAGAGGUGAGCGGGGAAGGACAGGAGGAGUUUGAUUUCCAAAGCUCACUGGACGAUGGUUGUUUCAGUGCCACAUUCAAACAGCCGGAUAGAGAACUUGCACAAGCACCUGAUGGGACUCCAGGCUCAAGGGCUUGA